GGCCUUAUCGACUAGUGUACAAUAUUUGGUAAUGUGAUGUGGGUGUGUGUGUGUAUGCUGAAUGUUGGGUGGAGGAUUUACUUAGCUAGCUAUAAUCAUGUUAAGGUUUCUUAGUCAGGUCGACAAUGUUGUUAAAUUUCAAAGAUUAUGCGGUUUAUCUUGGGAAUACAAAACUAAAGUCAGCGUAGAUGGAGAGGACAACAGAGAGGACAACAAAAAGCGUGAAGGCGACAUUGAGUAUUGUUAUAAUCCAAUUCUUCAUAAACUAUUUGAGCUUGGCUCUGAAUUGGGAAAUGAAUUAUUUUACAUAACUUUCUUUCCGUUUGUUUUCUGGAAUGUUGAUGAUUAUAUUGCAAGAAGGUUAAUAGUUCUUUGGGUUUUUAACAUGUAUGCUGGCCAGGGAUUGAAAGAUGUUUUAUGCUGGCCACGUCCUGAUUCCCCACCGGUUUUGAGGUUGGAAAAAAUAUAUGAAAGUGAAUAUGGGAUGCCUUCUACACAUGCGAUUGCUGGAUCUAUUAUUCCUUUUGGGCUAGUCUACUUCAGUUAUGGGCGAUUUCAGUAUAAUUUGGCAUAUGGGAUACUAUUCUUCAUUGGAUGGACAACACUUGUUUGUUUAAGUCGUAUCUACAGAGGCAUGCAUACCUUUCAGGACAUAAUAGCAGGCCUCUCCGUAGCUGCAUUUGUGACAGCAUUAUGGUUGCCAUAUUUAGACCUCAGUCUUGAAAUCUUUCUGUCCUCAUCGAACGCUUGGAUAUUUAUAUUUUUGAUACCCACUUUAAUGAUUUACGCCUUUCCAACGCAAUGUAUGGAAACUCGCAAUGACACUGCCCGAAUUAUAUCUGUGGGUUGUGGUUGCAUGCUUGCAGCUUGGAAUGAUUAUUAUAUCGAUCAAGUUCCCUUGCCUAAUCCAUACAAAGGAGCUCCAAAACCAAUCAUCUCCACGGACGUUGCUGCAUGGAUGUUGUUUGGGGCGUCCAGGUUUAUCAUCGGCGUGUCCAUGUUAAUACCCAUAAAAAUUAUUUUGAAGUCUGUUAUAUACAAUAUUGCAAGUAUUAUGAAUUCGACUAAUGUCAAAUCCACUGACAGAAAAGCCAACGAAUCUUUUACGAUACCAUAUUUAUUUAUAACGUACCUUUCAAUAGGAUAUACAGCUUUUUAUGUUGCACCCAAAGUGUUCACUUUUGUUGGAUUAAUUCUUUAAUGUUAUGGAUACGUGUGUUUCUGAUUUAAAGAACUACUUUUGUACCCUGUGCAUAUCAAUACUGUUGUAGAGAAUCAUUGUUUUUUUUUUGUUUUUUUUGUAAAUUAAUUUUUCUAUGAUGCCUUUAUUUUCAAUGCAUGUUCGAACAAGACAUGGCAAUUCUAUGAGAGACAAGUAUAUACACGCGAAAAUCUAUUGUUCUCACUAUAAGAGCACAUGCUUUUAAUUGGGUGCAAGUCCGUCUCGUAAUAUUUCAACUUUCAGUUGAAAACAGCAGAAAUAGGGAUCUUAUUAAAGGAAAUGAGAUAUUGAUACCUGGUCGAUGUAUGGUAGGUUUUUUUCAGAUUGCGAUUCUUAGAUUGUGUUUUCGCAGUGCUGAAACAACCCUUCAUAUCGUAUGUAUGUAAGCUAUGACUUGCAUGCGUAUUCACUCUGUUAGGCAAGUCGGGAACUUUUAAAAUAUGGUCAAAUGUCUGAAACAAGUCCAGGAAUUACAAUCAGAACUUUUUUUUUAAAUAUUGGCCAAGCUCGAAUUUCAGGUCUGUUCUUCGGAAUAAGCAUUAAUUUUAAAGUAUCUUGUUUCUAUAACCUUGUUAUUAAAUGUGCAUUUUAAGGUAAUUUUAGGUUGCGAAUGUUUCCGGAAAAAACAUUCGCGGUUUUACGAAAUUAGAAUUUUUUGUGGCAAAGUAUUUUUGAGGUUUUACGAUAUUAAUUUUUUUUUUCGGGUCAAAACUUGUCUGUGUUUCUGCAAGACUUUAAAUUUGGUAACAGUGCAACUGGAUUUUAUAAUUUUUUUCUUAUAGCAACAAAUUCUAAGAGAAUAUUUUUAACUGGUACAUUUUGUCAUAUUUAUAUAUAUUUAGAUAUUUGCUUACCUCCUUGCUUUUUGUAAUAUUGUACAUAAUUAUAAUGCGAAUUUAAA